CAAAGUGAUGCUUUCAACUGCAGAUCAUCUCCAGUGAUCCCACCUGAGCCAGAUUCAGACCUUCCAGCAUGUCUCUCAGCACCAGAUCCUACGGCCAGAGGACCAUGAGCGUCUACGGUGGAGCAGGAGGCCGUGGCACCCGUAUCUCCUCAUCCCAGCAGAGCUACGGUUCAUCCUCCGGGGGCUUCAACCUGGCCGAUGGCCUGGACCUCCACGUCGGGGCCAACGAGAAGGCCACAAUGCAGAAUCUGAAUGACCGCCUGGCCUCCUACCUGGAGAAGGUGCGCACCCUGGAGAAGGAGAAUGACCGCCUGGACAAACAGAUCAGAGAGUGGUACCAGAGUAGGACCGUCAUCUGCCACGACUACACCAGCUACCUCGCCACCAUUGACGACCUGAAGGACAAGAUUCGCAUUGCCUCCAGGCUCAAUGCCAAGACAAUCCUGGACAUUGACAACGCAAAACUGGCUGCUGAUGACUUUAAGAUGAAGUAUGAGAACGAGCUGGCCAUGAGGAUGACUGUGGAGGCAGACAUCAACGGGCUGAAGAAGGUGCUGGAUGAGAUGAACCUGGCCAAAAUGGAUCUGGAGACCCAGUAUGAGUCCCUGAAGGACGAGCUCAUCAUGCUCAAGAGGAAUCAUGAAGAGGAGUUGGCUCUGCUGAGGAGUCAGAUGGGCGGCCAGGUCAACGUGGCCGUGGAUGCUUCUCCCUCUACAGACCUCAACCAGGUUAUGUCCGAGAUCAGGGAACACUACGAGGGCGUGAUCGGCAAGAACCGCAAGGACCUUGACAUGUGGUACCAGAACAAGAUGGCAGCAGUGGAGCAGGAAGUGAUCACACACACAGAAACUCUGGUGACGUCCCGGUCAGAGAUUAAGGACUUGAAGAGCAUGCUACAGAGGCUACAGAUUGACCUGCAGUCCAAUCUGAGCAUGAAAGCAUCCCUGGAGGGCACCUUGGCAGAAACUCAAUCCCGCUACGCUGCACAGCUAGCAGGCCUGCAGAACAUGGUCACAAGCCUGGAGGCUCAGCUGUCUCAGCUCCACGCCAACAUCGCCAGCAACAAGCAGGAGUACGACAUGCUGCUCGACCUGAAGACCCGGCUGGAGCUGGAGAUCGCAGAGUACAGGAGGUUGCUGGAUGGCGAGGAUGAGAGUUCAAAACAAGUGGUCACAAAGGUCAUCACAGUGGUGCAGACAGUUGUGGACGGAAGGGUGGUCGAGAGCAGCAAGACCGUUGAUGUGGACGUGGAUGAGAUUGAGUCAUGAAUUAGAGGCAAAAAUAAAUAAAGAUCAUGCAGUUGAAUUAAA